AUGGACACUCGUCGCUUUACAAUGAAUCCGUUCCAAGCUCUCGAGUUGACUUCGGAUGACUGUGCGAAGCUCGUUACGAUCACGGAUGCGAUCAUUAUGGAGAAAUUUGAAGAGUAUGAAGAACACUUGAGCCUUGGGAAGAACGUGGAUCUGACGCGGUGGAAAAAGUUUGCCAACUCGGGUCCGACGACGUCGUACCUUGAGCGAAAGUCGUCCAGUCCGGACACCAAGCUGCCGCAAUUGCUCAUGGUUGGUCCACUGCCUGGUUCGCUGGACGAAAACAUGUUUGGCAUCGUGAACCCAACGAUUGAAGCCAUGCGGAUCAAGUCGUCGUACCUGAAAGAUUUCAAUGCAGCAGCAAUGCUCGCUUCGGUGAUUGAGCCAACGGCCGAAGACCCGUUUCGAUCUGUGGUGGUCAAGUGGAUGGAGAUUGACAUUCCACUUGCGUCCAUCGGUUUGGUCCGCAAUCGGGACUACGUCUACAUUGAAAGCACCGGCAUCCUUCAUCUCAAGAACGGAGAACGAGUCGGGUAUCACCUCUUUCACUCGGCGACUUUUCCUGAAAUUCACGAACUGCCGAACCGAGUGCGAGGGCACAUGUCGUUCUGUGGCAUCUUUCACCAAGAAUCUCCUGAUCGAACGGAUUGUCGGGGAACGGGGAUCAUGGAUCCUGGUGGUGAUAUGAUUCGGUCAAUGGCUGUCAUGGGCAUGGUGCAAGCUACAAUGGCCGGGCUCAAGUAUUCCUACUGCGGGCAGAUGAAAAAGUUGACGUGGCAACUGGAACAGAAGCAAGUGGAAGCUCGGAAAACCGGCAUCCCGGCGUUCAAACCCUUUUGUGUCACGUGUAAGAAAGGGGUCAAGAGCUCGCGACUGAGUGGCCGCAUCAAGACGUGCAAACUUUGCUUCAAUGCCGUUUGCCAUGCGUGUAAGAUCACCAAGAGACUGAGUUUUAUUGCACCGGACCUGACGCUCGCCCAGCGGAAAGUGACGUUCUGUGUCCAGUGUAUCAUUGAAGCAACGCAAGUUGAUACGCAAGAAGCUGCUCGAGAGCAAUUCGUGUACAAGAAGUCGGUCGAUCCGCCACUGUAUAGUCUCUCCAUUGUCUCGGAAAUGAGCACGUGCUCCGAAAGCACACUCAGUGCUAGAGAAGAAGCUAGAAUCUAA